CGACUGCGUAUGGUUUUCUUUGAAUGAAUCAAUCAGAGACUAGGACCAUGACCUGUGUGUCGCGACGAUCCACGUGGCCUGUCCGUCCUUGGAUAAACACGAGAGAGAGACGCCAACUCACUCACUACCAAAGUCCCCCCUGCCCUGCAAUUGCCCUUGACUCAAACACACACCACACAUCAUCAUGAUGACACACAUUACUGACGCACAUACACACAAACGAACACACCGAAAAAGGGAGCAACCGCCUACCACCAGCUAGCUAUCCACCCAUCCACCCACCGAUGCACACCCCCGCCCCCUCCCAGGGCCGCCGUAUCGUAUCUCUAGCCAUCCAGCCAGCACAGCCCAUACCAACAGAUGAUGGCCACCACAGCCCACCUUAAAAAGGCACCCGCCCUUCCGCACCCAGCAGCAGCCGUUGAGCUGUCGGGCGGAGUCGUAGUCGGGAAGAGCUGUGUCGAUGCUCUGGGGCCGAGCAUCAUCAUGGCGUCACCUGAUGAGCCAUUGUUGCCGUUGAGGACGGUGAGCCGCUGGGGCAGCCCGUCGGCCGCCCGGUAGGCGUCAUAGCCCUCGGUCUCGUUGUCGACGCAGAUUCUGUCCAGCUGCCAAGCAAGCCCGCACAGACAGAUACAUAGAUGGAUUGGUGUUGGCAGUACAUGAAGAGGCAGCUGGCUUACUGUGAGGGGGAUGUUAGGUUGCAGUGCUCGCCGCCGUCUCGCCUCCAUGAAGAUGAGCUCCUGAGUGAGCAAAGGAAGGAACCAAGCAAUGAAAUGACACCAUCCAUCCAUCCAUCCACCCCUCCGUCCCUCCCUUAGCGAAACUGGCUGACCUGUACGCUGUCAGCGUCGGGCAUGACGCCAAUGAUCCUCUCGACUUGCGAGUCGAAGUCCUCCUCGACGAGCGCGCCCUCCUCCUCUGCCGGAUCGGGCUCGUCCAGCCGCGCGAAAAUGGCACGCCGGAACUCAUCCUUGGUCAUCUUGUUGUCUGAACGACCCGACCGGCACACGGCGGGCGUGCGCCUUGGGUGGGUACGCCGCCUUGAGUGACUUACCCGAGUUGCCCUUGAAGUCCUCGAUGAACGAGUAUGUGGCGUACAUGGCCGCAAUCGCGUUGCUCCAAGAACUGACAGGCAGGCAGGCAGGCAGGCCGGUCACACACACACACAGAGUGGCUUAGCACAUGAAGCUGCAGCUCACGAGUUGCGGAAGUCGCGUUCGUCGGCCAGCAGCCUGUCGCAGUCACCCUGAAGGGCAUAAAUGGGUCACCGAUUCAUGCACGGCCCUACCCCUCUCUCUGUGUGGGUGGUGCCUGCCUCUUUGCCUCCAUCACCUUGGCCACUUUGAGGACCACCUCGCCCGUGCGGUUGCUGGUCGUCACGAACCGGCUCGCGUCGGGGUCGCACGCCAGGCAAUACAGACCCAGGUUGUACUUCUCCACUGAUGAAACGAUCAACACACACACACACACACACACCUCGGUGUAGCCCUGGGGAGGGGUUCUGGGGUUCUGUGUCUGUGUGUCCUAUCUCUCCCUCACGGUCUGCGAGGAUGGUGUCGAAGGCAUCGUCGACUUGAGGGAGAGAGGCGUUCAGCUGCUUGCCAAGACCCAGCUCUGACACGCACAACACGCACGCACCCACUGGCCGUGUGUGACCCACGUCCAUCGACCUGUGCCACUCACUCGCUCACUCACUGCCUGACCUUUCCGCUUUUCGUCCCACUUUUUGAGCUCAUUUUGGACGGCCUCCUUUGCCCCACUGGCGUCGACCUCGAGGCCGAACCAGUCCCGGGCGAUGUUCUCCAGACUUUCGCCCGCACUCCCAGCCAUCUCCUGCACACACACAUACACAUACCCACAUUGAGGAUGACAAUGCCUCCAUGCACUCCGACGGCUCACAGCGGCGGCGUCGAUGUAGUCGUCGAGCGGGAAGGUGUCAAGCACAUUGGCGAUCUCCUCCCACCUCGACCGAAUCUGGGCCGUGUAAUUCUCACUGAACGUAUUGACAGACACACACACAGAGGCACCCUGACGCCUGAACUGCCAAAGACCGCCUUUCCUUUUGCAGCCACCCACCGUCUUUCGAUGUCCUCCUGGUGCAUCUCCUCUAUCCGCAGAAAGCCCUUGCCCGUGCAGCAGGACGGCUCGUCCACAAACUGGCGGCACACAGGGAGCGACUCCGCGGACGAGCUGGGCAGUUUGGCUGGCGUGUCAUGGAAGAAGGCCGUCACGUCACGGGUUCGGAAGACGUUCUCGGCCACCAGGGUGCUGACACGUGACACGUCAUGACACAGAAGCAGAGAUGGAUGAAUGCCAUGAGUCAGAAGUGCUGCUGGAUGCCCACCUGCAGUCUGCCCAUGUCUGCGUGAGAACGGAAAGCACCAGGAGGAUGAUCAGCUCGAGAUUCCUGUUCAUCGUUAAGGCUUUUG